GUUCUCGCCUUUCUUGUCGCCUUCGACGUGCUGGCAAAAUGUUUGUACCUCUUCCCCGAAACGCGGAAACUUUUUCGGACAGAGAACGAGGCUUGGUAUCGUCGUUUUCCCCCCCGCGAAAACAACUCCGAAAUGCUCGUUACAGUUCUAUUGCUUGGCAAGAAAGUGAGGCCGUUACGGCUCCGUACGACAUGUUCUGCAACGAGGAAACGGCUGGCAAUUUCCAGAACGGUUCCUUGACCGAGAAAUACCGGACUCUCGCGCCGCCUCCCCAGGAGCUGCUGCGUGGAGGGAAACCGGGCACGAACUCCCUUUCGUCGUUGGAACCUGAAUCUGAGUAUCGCAGCCUCCUCGUUACACAGCUUCCUGCGUUCCUCGACACAGAGACCCUGAAACUGCGCAUUCAAGAGCUGUUCACCAAAGAAAUCCCGAAGCUUCUCCAGGAAACGCCGUAUUUGUGUGGUCCAGUGGCCGGUCCUCCGACCAAAGAGGAAGCUGUGCGACCUGGAAGUCGCCACCAAAGUGUCAUUCAUCCUCGGCAUCUCGUGAAUGCAGAGGCUUUUGACUUACCCUUCUCUAUUUGUGACAUUCGCGUAGCAAAACCAACAAAGUCUGGGCACAGUUCGUACGCCGUCAUCGACUUCGCUUCCGCGAAACUCAUGCAAACCGCCCUCGCGUUCUUUGGAACCACUCCUGUUUUGCCCGGAACUUCUCAUCACAUUCGCUUUUCUCCACAUGCCACAUGGGCGGCUCCGGUUCCUGUGGAUCAGUACCACCUCUACAUCGCGGGUCUGGGUCCCGAAGCAACAGAUGAAGACGUUUUGGAGUUGCUGAAGGCUCUGGGGACUGAAAUUCCCCGCUCUAUUAAGGUGGUAAAAGAUGCGAAAUGUCGAAACAAUAAAAGUCUCGGCUUUGCCUUUCUUCGCUUUACGAGUGUCGAGGCCGCUUUACGAGCUCUCAAAAUCAUCCAGACUCGAGGCGCAGCGUACGGCCUCCUGGGACGCCGGGUGUAUGUGUCUCCAAGCCACAAACAAGUAACACAGUCGUGUAACGGCUCCAUUUUCCUCGCAAAUGUACCGCCUGAUGCCACAAAGGAGGAACUGCGGACGCUGUUCAGCUACUUCGGCGAUCUGCGGUCGGUUGUCACUCACAGCUUCAAGCGCAUCGCCUUCCUCGAAUUCAGUUCUCAUGAAUCCGCCCUCGCCGCCAUCACACACAUGCAGGGCUACAUGCUCCGUUGCCAUAGUCUCGCAUGUGCCUGGAGCGUCCGUCGCCACACAACAUAUCAAGAAGAAGGCAUUGAGGAGGACGACGGAUAUCGACAAGCAGAAGAGGUAUGUUUCACUCCGCCGCCUCCCUAAGAUUCGUUCGCGAAAAUUCAAUACUCGCAUGCCCACAUGUGGACUGUAACGACGAAAAGGAGAUGCUCCUUACAUACAGCUCAUCGCCACCAAUGUUUAUUUUGUC